CGCGAUAUAUCUGUCAUCUGUCCAUUGUAAUUGUAGUUUAUGUAUAUUUUUAUGAACAAUAUUUUAAGUCUCAUAAUAGUUUAAUUAAUUUGUAGUUAUCAAGAUAUAAUUAUACCUGUGGAUAAGCAUAUUAUUAAUAUAGAUACCAGAUGGGUGUCAAGGGUUUAGCAACUUUUAUCAAUAGAAGAUCUAAAAAAAGUAUGGAGUCUUAUAAAUUACAUGAUACAAAGGUUAUAUUGGAUGGUAGUUCCGUUUUAUGCCAAUUAUAUUACAAUCAUACUAUUUCAAAAAAUGGUUGUUUUGGUGGAGAUUAUGAUAAAUAUGGUAAUGCAGUUUACAAAUUCUUUAACAUGCUGUUCCAAUGUAAAAUAACUCCAUAUAUAAUACUAGAUGGAGGUUAUGAAAGUCGAAAAAUAGAUUACACAUUACGAAUGCUUGAAAAGAGAAUAGUUACAGCCGAAAAUUUAAUUCCUACAACUGAUGGAAGGCAUGAACCCAACCCUAUUUUUCUUGAAGAAGCGUUUGUUGGUAUAGCUCGUAAGUUAGGAAUUAAGUUAAUAAGAUGUUAUUUUGAAGGUGAUAAAGAAACUGCUAACAUUGCAAAGGCUUUAAAAUGCCCUGUAAUCAGUAAUGACUCAGAUUUUUAUAUUUUUGAUGUGCCUUAUAUACCAUUUUCAACAAUUAAAUUUAGUGUUCAGUCAGUUUCAUCAUUAAAUACGGAUACAAAAGAAUUCAUCCAGUAUAAAUAUCUUCGCUGUGAAAUUUAUAGAACAGACAAAUUUUUAGAAUGUGCAGGUGGAAUGAGCAAGGAAAUUUUGCCAUUGUUUGCUGCUUUAGUGGGUAAUGAUUUUAUAGAUGGUAUUAACAUAUUAAAGCUUAAUAUGCACUUGAAAUAUAAUAAUAAUAACCUCCAUGAAAGAAUUGAAGCCAUAAUUGAAUGGUUACAGAGAGAAACAAAAAAUAGUGCAAUUGAAAAAGUAUUACAUACUUACAAACAAGAUGAACGUGAUUUCAUAAAUAAAAAAAUUGAAGAUGCUAUUAUUGGUUACACAUUUAAAAACAGUCAAUAUUUAAAGUAUUUUGAUGAUGGGACAAAAACUGAUGAAUUGGAAAAUGAUUAUGAAGAAAAUAAAUUCAAUGAUUUUGAAAAGUUAUUACAUACUUUUCCUAAACUUUUCUUAGAGAAAUUUAGGAAAAGUUUGUAUCCUACCAGAUUUAUGGAUAUUUUGACACAUAACAAGUACUAUAAGUUUAAAGCACAAAUUGAAGUAAAAGAAUAUGAAGAUGCUCAUGCAAUAAGUUAUGAAAUUAUGUCUGCUAUUCAUAAAAUAUUAACAAGUUCUACAGAAAAUUUGAUUUGUGUUGUAAGAAAUCAAAGUGAUAUAAAGGAGAUGAAACUACCUAUAUGCCAUAUUGACCUCCCGAAUUUAACAGAAAUUCAAACAACCAAACUGAGAGAGAGACAGUCAUUGGUAUUUCUUAUUUUAAAUAUAGAUGUAAACUUUUCCAUAAAGUGUUUACACCAUUUUCCAGAAUCUUGGCAUUUAUUUAUCCUUACUUUAAAAUAUAUGAGAAAUAAGUCUGUUAUGUCUUGGUAUAUUUUAUAUUCAAUUAUUAUUUGCAAAAUAGUAAUUGAUUAUAUAGAUUCUAAGAUUGGUUUUUUCCGAUCUGAGGCCCUAUUUAAUGAGGAAUUUUCUAGUAAAAUAAAAGAUAUAAUGUCAAACAAAAAACCAUUGCAAUUAAAAAAUUCAAAACAAUUAAAAGAUGCCUUAGAUGAUAUAACUUUUGAAGAUGCAGUCAUUUUUAUGAACAGAAUUCAAGUGUAUUUUGAGUUUAAUAGACAAUUAGAGAGGAAUGUAAAAAUGUUUGAUAGAAAAUUAAUGCAUUCACUGUCACAAUUUCAAAGUUGUUUUCUUCAUAUAAAGAACCUUAAUGAGUUACUUAAUAUGCCUUUUGAGGAUUUCCUGAUAACAGAAUGUUUUAAUGGUACUUUUGUUUAUAAUUUAAGUUAUAGCAUGCUCAGGAGAGACAAUCUAGAUGAAGUUAAAGAUUUAUUUCGUGAUGCACCAUCAAUAUUAAAUACUUUUGAAAUCAUUAUUCACCUAAUCAAAGAAUGUGAUGAAAGCAGUUAAAUAAAAUUAAACUAAAUAGCAUGUUUAUGUUAUUUUUUAAGAAUAAAAUUGUUAUUUUUUAGAAAACCA